AUGUCAAAGGCUCUCAACCACGAAGAGCUUUCGGUGUGGCUAUCGACAACCAUGAUUCAAGCGCUUCGCAACAUGAUCAGUCUCUUUACACAUUUCUUUGAAUCUUUGGAAUACAUGCUUGAUAGAUUCUUGGACCUUCUGGCACUUUGCAUCUGUCAAGAGAACGACACUUUGGCUAGAAUUGGCAGCAAUUGCUUGCAACAGCUGAUUCUCCAGAAUGUUCACAAAUUCACCCCUGAGCACUGGGAAAAGGUUGUUGGCGCUUUCGUUGACUUGUUUGCACGAACUGAAGCGACGGCUCUCUUCUCCGCAGCAACCUCUUCCUCUUACAGGAAAGACUCGAGUGCCUCGAACGGCCUUGCCAUGGCCGAAACCCCUUCCGCAGACCCCGCAUCUAUACCACAGGAGAGCCCUCUCAACCUCAAUGGCGAAGAACUCUCGACAAUUGAGGGAACGCCUAGACGUCCUCGUGGCAACACCACGGCUACUAUGCAGUCCGAUCGAAGUCUUUCGCCCUCGAAGCAGGCACAAAUCGGCGACGGUAAUGAACUUGAAUCCUUCAACAACACAUCCCAAACACCCAACGCGCCGGUCGUUGUCACUGCAGCUCGUCGCCGCUUCUUCAACCAGAUAAUCACCAAGUGUGUUUUGCAAUUGCUGAUGAUUGACACGGUCAGCGAGUUGUUCUCCAACGACUCAGUCUACGCUGCCAUUCCUUCUCAUCUCCUGCUGCGCUUGAUGUCACUGCUCAAGAAGUCUUACCACUUUGCUAAACGCUUCAACGAAGAUCGCGAUUUGCGCACCAAGUUGUUCAGGGAAGGUUUCAUGCGUCAGCCACCAAACCUGCUCAAGCAAGAAUCUGGGUCGGCUUCCGUUUAUGUUAGCAUUCUCCUACGCAUGUUUUCUGACGACGGAGAAGAGCGCAAAGCAUCGCGUGCCGAGACAGAGCAGGCACUCAUUCCUCUGUGUGCCGAUAUUGUGAGCUCUUACAUUGAGCUUGACGAAGACACACAACAACGUAACAUCAUCACUUGGCGGCCCGUUGUAGUUGAUGUGCUUGAAGGAUACACAGCCUUCCACACCGAGGAUUUCGAACGUCAUGCCAUCACUUUCACGCCACUUGGCGUUGGUCUCAUGAAUCGCGAUAUGGGUCCCGAGCUCCAACGAGCAGUACAAGGACUCUGGGCUCGUGUCACUGAAAUCAAGUUUGGCGUGAAGACAUUUGCUCAUACCAGUAAGACGACGUCGGGACUGGUCAGCCCAAGUAAACCGACGAUGUUCAGCGGACGUCGUUCAAGCAGAGGAAGUCGUUAG